GGGAGGCUGCGGCCGUUCCCCGUUAGCCGGUGUUACCGGCACUGCCGCGGGCGCCUGUGCCCGCCGAGGCCGCUCCAAGCUCGCCGGCUGUCGGGCUGGCCCAGGGGAUGUAGCGCUGCGCUCCCCGUGUCUCUCUUUCCCCAGCACCCGCGGGGAAGAGUCGCGCCGCUGGCAGGUGGGACCUGCACAACGGUGAAGGGGGGAACUGCCCCGGCACAACGGACCGUCAUCAGUCAGAAAAGCCCCGUCUGUUACAACUGAGCUUCGCGAACCUGUGAUGCCUUCUGCAGUGGGGCAGGAGGCCCUGCAGGGGGGCCGCUGCUUGGCUCGCAGAGCACCGCGCAGCUCUCUCCGCAGGCAGAGCCGGGUGUGCAGCCCACACCUCCUGCCAGCCCCGCGGGGAAGCUGCAAAGCUUCCCUUGUUUAUCAUUGCGUGGCACAAAGACAACGAGCAAAGAUGCUGGUGGAGCAGCAACAGAGCGAGCAGUAGCUGUGCAUGCUUUCGCCUGACAUUUGUGUCAAUAAAAGGCAGGCUUUGGGCUUGCAAAGGACAUGGCAGGCCUUCAGUGUGUUUGUCCUGCCGCUUCAGCAUCAGGCAAGCAUAUUUAUAGCAUAUUCAAGCACUGGCUUCUUGUAACUUCCUAACACGGACAGAAGCAGUCAGUGCCUUUACCAGGGCAAUGGGGCACAAGGCAGGGCAAGAAAUCGGGCAUCUCUCCUCUUACUCAAAGAACGUCAGGCUCCCUCAUUUGGAAAGCAGUGAUUUCCGUGGUUUGAAGGGCAGUGAACUGGAUCAUAGGGUGGUAUCUGUGUGUCACAAAAUAAACCCAUUCCAGAGUUUUUCCACUGUUUGGGUUUGUUGGUUUUGGGUUUUCUUAAAGAGUCUUGAGGGAUGGAGCAAAAUUACAAGAACAUAGUUAAGCAUUAACUUGCUACUGCUUACCCUGUAAUCAUGGAACCAAGCAGACAUUCCUGUUCCCCUACCAUAGCAAGUAUUACAUAAUGCACCCCCGUUUGAUACUAAGAAAAUAUGAGUGUUCUCUGAUACAUGUCAUAAUUUCACAAUGUCAGGUUACUGUGUGUUCUUUGGGGCUCUCAUCCAAGCCCAGCUGAAGCAAAGGGGAAAGUUCCUCUGGCUUUUAAACCCCCCGAGUCUCCAGAGCAAAAGCACACACAGGAGCACUCCUGCGUGCACUGAGCUCUUUCACUAAUUUUGCUGACACCUACCUGGGCGUGCUGUGAGAAUUCGGUCAGCCCCACACAUCUGCUGGGAAUGUUUUCCAGCUUCUCCGGGGGAGAACUGCAGCCCCUCGCAUUUGCCACAUCUCAGACUUGCUGAAAGGAAGUGGGUGAAAGACAGAAGAGGUCCAUGAGUCUCUGGAAAUCACCGCCCUCCCCAAGGUAUGCUAUCUCAGGGAGCAGAUGCUUCUCCCGCCUACCCAAAUUCAUCCCCAGUUAGUCAAGAUAAACUGAUACAGUAAUUUUAAAUCCUGAAUCUGUUAUGUUGGCCUCAUUUCUCAUACUCCAUGUGCCACUUAUCCCAAGUGAACUGGUGCACAGUGAAUCUGUAAGGGUUGUUUAGUUGGCUGGGUUCUUUUAGUAUUUGUCCACUAUUCAUUAUGCAUCUCAACAUCCCUAAUUUAACUCUGGGUGUUCAGUGAGCAAAACUGCUCUGAACUUUCCACAGCAGUCAGACCACAAAGGGAAGCAGCCGUGCUACUAUUUACAGGGGACCUACCUUACCAGUGUGAGAGGGGAAUCUCAGAAGCACACUGUGGAUUUUUUGUCUGUACAUGCUACUUGAUGAUCUAUCCUUUACUGACCCACGUGAAAAGCAAGAAGAGUCAAACAAAAAUCAUUGUCACUUCUGGCUAAGAACUGGCUGAAUUUUAGGACACCUGCUGGAGAAGCUUCCUGGACCAUUAGAAAUAGAGCAGCUUGUGCUGCAUCUCUGAUCAACAAAGCUUUCUGCACGGAGUACAAGAAUCAAGUUGCCUUAAGUUAAACCAUGUGCAAGUUGCACUAAUUGUUGUAACUGUACUUCUGAUAACACUCCAGACUCGGCAUUUCCAAGUUUCUCAUGUAGUUUGAGCGUUUCCAACUGACACUGGAAUGUUUUUAUCCAAUCUGGUGUGGCUGUGAAAAGUGCGUGUGGGGUGAACUUUUUCCUGUUAAGUUCAUGGUAAAUUUUGACGCCUCACUUCCGAGUGUGAUCUGUGCUAUGGCAGCAACCUACAGGCUUAUGGUCACUUCUGUGAACUGCUACAGCAGCGUGGUGAUAGACCAGCACUUUCGGCACACUGUGCAUUACUGCACAGGGACUUGCCAAGUGUUUAAGCAAGGGGUUACGUGCAUAGUUGCCCACCACAGUGUCUGCGCAGAGCUCAGUGUCCAAGAUGCCAACCAAGACCAUAAAAUUCCUGUUCCUGAAAAUGGACUUGCCUUGCCUGGAAAUGAGGACUAUCACCAAAUCCUCCCAAAUAAUCCAAGAAUCAAAAAGGGCUCUUCAGUGCAAGCCUCCAGCAGUUUAAAAGACAUUACUGGUGAGGCGAUAAACCUUGCCAGUGGUAAAAUAAAGGAAUUCUCCUUUGAAAAGCUCAAAAACUCUUCCAGCCACGUGGCCUACAGAAAGGGAAGGAAGGUUCGGUCAGAAUCAUUCAGCAGACGUUCAUUUGAUUUUGACUUGAUUUAUGGGCAUUUCAGCAACGAUGAGAACUGUCCUCCAUGUGGAUUUUUGCAGAGUCCCUCACCUGUGGAGAAAUGGCAGGAAAGCAGUGAUGCUCCAGAAGUCACCAUGAAUAAUCCCAUAGUUCCCUUCUCCCCUCAUUCCUUCUCUGAAGAAAACUUCAUUACCCAGAUUUUGGAAAAACACAAGCUAGAUGGUGGUUCUAGUGGAGAUAUUAAGGUAUGCUUAGACAUCUUGCUCAAGUGCUCAGAGGAUCUGAAAAAGUGCACAGACAUAAUAAAACAUUGCAUCAAAAAGAAAUCUGCAGACAGUGUUAGUGGAGGGAACAGCAGUGACCCCCUGGCCAAUUCAGAAAUGAUAUAUAUGAACCUGAUGACAAGAUUUUCUUCAUACCUGAAAAAGCUACCCUUUGAGCUCAAGCCACCAGGACACAAGGAAGCCAGUGACUUAGCAGAUCUGGUUAACUGUUUUCAUGGCUUGCAGCAAACUCCCUUUCCCCCAGUAUUUGGAGAUGAGCAGCCACCUAGGUAUGAAGAUAUUAUUCAGCAGCCAUCCUCAAAUGCGCUUCCUCUCAGACCAGGUGAUCAGUGUGAGGUGACAAGCACCUCUCAGUCCAUCCCAGCAAGUACUGUGACCUUUACCUCUAACUCCCUUCACAGCGUCCCACAGGAGAACAGUGUGAGAGCUGUGAAAGAUCCUUGUGCUCUACCUCAGUUACCAGCCACAAGCCCUUCUGACUGCACAUCUUCCACGGAGGCUCUGUACAUUGAGGAGGAGUCUGAUGGGGAAAGAAAGUUAGGGAAAAUAAAGAAGGCAGAGCAGAAAGGGGGCUGGGAGAGUUCAGAGCGCAGCUACCAGGUAGCUGGUGGUUCAGAUCUAACUGCCAAUGCUAAAGCAGAAUGUGCCAGAGUGGGAGAUGCUGGGCUCUCCCACCCUUCCGAGAAAAUCACUCCUUUAAAACCAGUUUCAGAUUCUGUAUUGCGUGGUUCCCAAGCUGAUGUCUCCAAAGGAGAACAGACGGGCAGUAAGAUAGACAAGGAUGAGAUAGACAAACUGCUGCUGGACUUGGAGUGCUUCUCGCAGAAAAUGGAGCGUACUUUGAGGGAACCUUCUAAAAAGGAGAGUGAACCGGCCCAUUUGCAGAUGUUUGGCUGGCAGGGUAGGCAGGUACUACCUCUGUCUCUUGAACCCAAAAGUAAACCAGUUGACCCCGCUUCCCCUUUGUCAAAAAUCAUGGAAACCAAUGGUCAUAAAAUGGAAGAGGACGACAAAGCCCUUUUACUGCGUAUCCUGGGAAGCAUUGAGGACUUUGCCCAGGAACUGGUGGAAUUCCAGACAGGCAAGGGAAGCUUAUCCAAGGAGCGGGAAGUGAUGCAAAUUCUUCAGGAAACUUUAACGACUCCUUCACAGUCCCUCCUUGCAGGGCAAAAACGCUGUGCUGGGGUUGCCUCCAGAGACUCUGUUCCAGCUUCAAUUCAGCAGGCCCCAGAAGUGAUUAAGGUUCAAAGUAAACAAGAGAAGAAGUCUGGAACUUCACCCCCAGUCUCUUUGAACUCUGCGGUUAGCUCUUGCACUCUUCUACCUGUGACUAAAGCCACCAGCAGUACCCCUUUUUCCAUAAACAUUCCACGUUUCUACUUCCCUAAAGGACUUCCGAAUGUCUGCACUAAUCAUGAAGAAAUCAUUGCCAGGAUUGAAGAGGCCUUUACAGAGUUUGAAGAUGAGAAAGCAAACAUCUGUGAAAUGGGGAAAAUUGCUAAGAUCUGUGGCUGCCCACUCUACUGGAAAGCACCUAUGUUCAAUGCAUCAGGAGGAGAAAGGACAGGAUGUGUAUCUGUACACUCUUUUGUAUCUAUGUGGAGAAAAAUCCUAUGUAACUGCCAUGAUGAUGCAUCCAGAUUCACAUCCCUUUUAGCGAAGCCCAGCUGUGACUACCUAGAACAGGAGGACUUCAUCCCACUGCUUCAGGAUGUAGUGGAAACACAUCCUGGCCUGACGUUCCUGAAGGAUGCUCCGGAGUUCCAUUCCCGGUAUAUUACGACGGUUAUACAGAGAAUAUUCUACACAGUCAAUCGAUCCUGGUCUGGGAAGAUCACUCUAACAGAGCUGAGGAAAAGCAACUUCUUGCAAACUCUUGCUCUUUUGGAAGAAGAGGAUGACAUAAAUCAGAUCACAGAUUAUUUCUCCUAUGAGCACUUCUAUGUUAUAUACUGUAAAUUCUGGGAGCUGGACACUGACCAUGAUCUUUACAUCAGCCAGAAGGAUCUGGCUAGGUACAGUGAUCAAGCUUUAUCAAACCGGAUUAUUGAGCGAAUAUUCAGCGGCGCUGUGGUGAGAGGCAAUGAAGUUCAAAAGGAAGGCCGUAUGAGUUACGCUGAUUUUGUGUGGCUUCUGAUUUCAGAGGAAGACAAAAGGAGUGCUACAAGCAUCGAGUACUGGUUUCGGUGCAUGGACCUGGAUGGGGAUGGAGUGCUUUCUAUGUAUGAACUGGAGUACUUUUAUGAGGAGCAGUGUGAGCGGAUGGAAGUGAUGGGCAUAGAACCACUGCCAUUUCAUGACUUGCUGUGCCAGAUGCUUGAUCUCGUUAAGCCAGAGAGGGAAGGAAGAGUAACCCUGCGAGACUUGAAGAGGUGCAGAAUGGCUCAUGUAUUCUACAACACUUUCUUCAAUUUAGAGAAAUAUCUGGACAAUGAACAGAGGGAUCCCUUUGCAGUGCAAAAGGACAUUGAAAAUGAUGGCCCUGAACCCUCUGACUGGGACAGAUAUGCUGCUGAAGAGUAUGAGAUUCUUGUGGCUGAGGAGUCUGGGAAUGAACAGUUGCAAGAAGGAUCAUUUGAAGAAGACUAUGACACAGAUGAAGUCUUAUCUCCCCCUGAAACUGGAGACAAGUCAGACAAACUAGUUAUCUCAGAUCUCUCAGCAUAGAGAAAUGGAAGACAUUUAAUCAGUAUCUUUCAAACUGGAUAGUGUUCUGUCCCGAGACACUUAGGGAUUUUUCUUAAGUCCGUCAUUGGAGCAAUGUGCUUUAUUUUGUACACUGUAACUUGAGAACCCCUUUUCUUUUCCUGUGUAAUUGCAAUAAGGUAAUUUCUAUAAAAAGGCUUUUUACAAUGUGUUAUCAUGCACGCUCAUUAAAAAUGGUGAUUGCACCUUGUUUCAUUUAUAUAUAAAUCCUCUUGUGUCCCCAGAUGUGCAAUAAAUGCCAGCAUCAAAUGGUUAACUGUAACAACUGCAUGCAACAUCUACAGUGGUCCUUUCUCAGUCAGUUCAGUCCUGUGCCAUUCUGUCCCCUUGACUUCAUACCAGGAGUGACAGAAGAGCUGCCAAAUUAACUUAGUUUACAUGUAUGUCUAGAAACCUUUUAAAACCAAGUCACAAUGAAGUUCUUCUUUCUCAGUGUCCUGGAAACCAAGGCAACAUGCCUGCACCUGGGGAGAGGGAAGUCCCCUGGUGUGCUUUUUAAACCACAGGCUCUUACGGUUGAUACUGGACAUAUUUUACUUGUAUGAAUGUGUGGACAGUUAAAGCACUACAUGAUGUAAUGUUUAUCUAAGAAUUUGAUAUGGUUAGCAUCUCUACAUACUCUCCUGUGCAUAAGAGGAUCUUCCUCAGGCUAAUGUUUUGUCUCUGUAGAAGUAUUCUGUAGUGUAUUUACAAGACAAGACAUAUGCUGCUCAGCUGGUGUGUUGAAACUGCUGUGUCUUGUGAGCACCAGUUCCAUCCGUUCCCUGUGUUCUCCUCCUCUCCUGUAUUGCUAACCUGGAGCCUCCUCCAGGAGACUAAGCUGAGGCAAUGAAUUAAAAAUCUAACCCUCACCUCAUAUGCUAUAUUUCUGUUAUCAGAGGGAUCCUGUAACUAGUAAAGGACUUGGUCUGUAAUACUUCCACCCCUGUCUCAGAGAGGAAACUAACUAAUGAAUUAUUGCUUUAAGUGCAAAAAUAACCUUACUUUCCCCAUAGAAUCACAACUGGUGGCUCUAGUAAUAGCACGUGCUCUGCUGCUGGAGGUGUUUCUCCUUGCUGACUAGCAGCUGUCUGUGAUUCAGCACAGAGACGAUUGUAACAUGUUCUUACCAGUUCUCAAUCGUAGCCAUCAUAGACACACAAAUAGUAUCUGGUACUUACCUUCUCCAGCUUGGGACAGGUUUCAGCUGUCAUUUUAUUUUAACUGUCAUAAUUGUGCCCAAAUAUGUAAUGCUUGGUUGGUGUGUAUACACUGUAUUUCCUCUUACCUCACUGUAAGACUAUCAGACCAUGCCUCCUCAGGACAUUCCUGCCAAAAUCCCCAGGAGACAACUGCCAAUGCCAUGAUCAGUUCUUCAAGCAGGCACCUCCUUACUAAAGCCAGAAGCCAUCCAGUUAAUAGAGAACUUGUGUAUACACAUGCAGACUAUUAGCUGGGUGUGUUUAGUACAUACAGAUACUAGCACAAUGGAACACUAAUCCCUAGAUGAUACCUCUGAGUGUUAAUAACCAAGUAAGUAAUUGGCUGAUCACUACAAUGCAGCUUCAACUUUUCCAGGAGCCUCUGAAGCACAACGCCUGCCUGCCGAUGCCCAGGUGGGAUACACUGCUGCCUGGUGGAGGUUAGUGACUCUCCUCAGGAUCAAAUUCUGGAAGAGAGGAAGAUUGUACUGAGCUUGGAGAUCUAUUUUCUUUUUCUUGAACAAAGCUGCUAUUUUACCCAGAAGCAUAAACACCCCCCCAGGAUCCUGGAUUUGAUACUUGCGAAACUUCUGGAUGCCCAGGUUAUUAGGAAAGACACUACAAAGUAACUUCCAUUCCAUAAUAAAAGAUGUAAGCAGGAGGGAGCACUCUAACCAAACCCAGAUAACUCUCUUUGAAUGCAGUAAGCACACGAGUAACUCUGUUCCACACCAGGGUGUUGGAAUCUCAUCUCCAUCAUGACUAUAAGCUUGAGGGGAAAAGCUUUAUUGGGGAUAAUUCCACAAAGGCCCAAAUGCAGAAGAAACUAGGCAAGGACCGCAGGAAUGACCAUGGGAUAGAAGUCAUCCAGCUGCCAAUUGUAACAAGCUCCAUCCACUUUGUACCUGAAGGAACCUAGGCAAAGUAGUUCUUUGCUUUUCUUCACUGUCUAGGUCCAGAGUGGCCUUUUAGUUUGAUAAAAUUUUACAUCUCUCCAAAGAUGAAGAUUCCUCAAAGGAACAAGAAGAACCUGACCCCACUGUAGGCUGAAAUUGAACCUCCAUGUUACGUCAGCAUUGUUAGCUUUUAACUCCAUAAGCAGCAGUACUGGAAUGUCCAGUUUGCAAAUUAUGUAAAGCCUCAUUCCAGAAUAACUUGGUGAUUGUCUAAGUUUUUAACCUGGGAUAGCCCUUGUGCCUCAAAGAAAAGAUGCUCUCCUAAUGCUGCUGUACAGAAUAAUAGAGUAAUUCAGGUUGGAAGGGACCUCCAUGUGGCUCUAGUCCACCUCCUCAUUCAAAGACAGGCCAGCUUCAAGGUUAGAGCAAGUUUCUCAGGACCUCAGCUAGCCAAGUUUUGAAGAAUCUCCAGAGAUGGUGAUCCUACAACCUCUCUGUGUAUUACAUUUGCUCCUCUUCCCUAUGGGAGUUCAGACCUACAUCCUUUUCCAGGAGGGAUCUAUAUUCCUGGGAAUGCACAGUUCCAUUAUAACACUAGGAGGAAGUUAGAUGAAGGACUUGAGGACUCACCAGUUGAGCAAGUGAUGCCCUGUUCUCAAGCAGCAGAUGUGUGCUGGGUGCAGACAUGGCCCGUGGGGGACUGAAGAGCUGGUACUCCAGCAUCUCUUGGUGCAUCGCCCUCUUGGUUUGGCAUUUCUGUUCUUGCUGGUUGUGCCUCAAGUGCACUGCUGCUGUUCCUGCUCACUCUGUUCACCCACCACUUCACGCUACUUGGUCUUUCUCCUCGUACACCUUUUGCAGAGGGGCUUUAACUCAACCUGUCAAAUCAGUUCAGCCUUCCAUCUCACACCACACCAGCCUGCCUGAACCGAUGCCUUUUUUUGAGGAAGCUGGUAAAAAUUACCAGUUGCUUUUUCAAGGUUUGACUUCAGUCAGUUCAGACAAGCUUGUAGCUGCUCUGCUGAGCCCUUUGGUCCCCAAACCCAAGGCUUUCUCUUCUACAAACAGAGGUUCACUGCUGCUAUGACAAAGUAAAGGUAUUCUAAACCCAGGUCAACACAAGCUAAUCAAAGAAAAAACUCCAAAACCCAUUUAAAGCAAAUUUUUACCGUAUAUGUGACUAUAAGGACAAGCUACAACCACCACUGCUAGCAUUGGUAUCAGUGCAAAACUGGCAGUAAUUCACAUUAUUUACUCCAAGAGCAGAAAUCCAUUCUCUCUCACUAAUACCUUUGAAAAUAACCACCAUUCAGCAGCCACAGCUGAAUUAAAGGAGAUAUUCUACACCCCAUUGGUGAGUUAGCCCUGUCCACAGCUCCUCUGGAUGGAAGGUUUCCAAGUCUGCGGUAUAUAAGCAAGGUAAUUUUGGGAGCUCCUGUCCUACUUCUUAGCUUUUCUUUCUGGGAUAGUCCAAAUGUAAGAUCACCGGGAUAUUUGUGAACACAGACACCUGAACCAGCUCAGCUGCCACACAGGCCAGCUUCAGAGGUCAGCAAGUGCUCCAGAAUGAAGCAACCCCAAGGAUCACCACACAGAAAACUUGUAGGAGUCCACUUCGCUCUGACUUUCCCUCUAUCCCCAACUGCCAACACCACUUUAGAUGUUGCAUACCUUUAAAGACAGAUCAUGCAGUGUUCAUUGUGAACCCAGCUCAGGCUGAAGUCCUAGGAGCUGGAUUCCUUUUCCCUUACGAGUAGCCAGAAAAGUGAGUAAAAUUCAGUUUUGCAUGAUAAAAACAAAAUACCCUUUUGUUUAUUUGUUCUCUCUAGUCUGCUUUUGUCUGGCAAACUCCUGUGUCCUUACAAAACCAUUGCUCUUUAUCUGUAUAUUUGCAAGUAUUUUGUCUGCAGUGCUAAGAUUGGAGAUACGGCUCGAUACAACCACGGUUCCUGCUGCAGUGGUACUAGCUUGAUUUAUUCUUCUUCUUCUAAAAUCUCAGCAGUAAUUGCUGCAUGAGUUUUCCUCAGCAAACCUGGCACUGACACAGGUCCCCUCCUGCGGCCUGCCACCGAGCGGCAGUGCUGCAAAACAGACAUGGAUAGCAAAAGAAAUCCCAGCCAGGCUCCAGCUUACAGGAAACACUGUGGAAAACCUUCCUGCUCUCCUGAACUAAGGAUUUAAGAACAGUGACUCGAGAUACUCUCACCAAGGUACUGUGCUUGCUUCCGAAACAAAAUAGGCCUGAAAGGCCCCAAAAAAAAAAAGGUCACUAAAGUGUCAUUUUAAUGCUAUGUGUUUUUAGAGGACAGCGUUUCUAAAUCACAGUAUCUUAGGUCUAUGCAAUCAAAAAUGAACCUCAGUAAAGAGCAUGAGCUACUGUAAGAAAAACCUGCAAACAGUGCUUACCCUUGUGUUCUGAGCUCUUCUAUCACUGGGUGAUGGGUUUAGAAACGGAGUAUUUAAUAAUAAAGGUUCUCAUACUUUGUAAAAGUAGUUUGGAGACAUUUUGUGCUGGCAUGGUUUGAACUUUGUAUUUUUACUUUGUAUUUUCUUCUUUUUUGGCGAAUAAAGGACUUUUGAAUUUAAA